AUGAAGGAAUACAACGAAGUAAAACAACAAUUGGUGAAAGAAAUCAAUAAGAAAACCGAACUUCAAGAGAAGCUUCUGAAACUUGAAGAUGAAAUCUACCAUAAAGAGAAUGAAUAUUUCGGUGAAUCAAUCUACGGGAACAUAAUCAAAGGAUUUGAAAAUUUUUCAAAGAACUCCAAUCAAAACAAAAGGAAGAUAACUUAUAAUGAAGAUGAUCAUAUCUUCUCUUUAAGUUCCCAGGCGUUUGUUAAGGAUAUGAUGAAACGUCAAGGUGAAGAUGUGAAGGAUGAUUAUGAUGAUAUAGAGGAUAGUACUGAGGUACCUAAAAAGUAA